AUGGGUGGCCUGGGCUUUCAUGCUUCUCUGAAUUGGCAAGGCCCUCUCCGGGCACGGCUGGCUUGGGGAAUUCUGCAGGACAAAGAAUCGCUCUUGAGCCGCAUGGUUACUGCUAAAUAUGGCGACAAUCUCUGGGAGCAUCUUGCUGGGCGUAAUAUCUCUAGUACUUGGAGAAUUCUAUGUGAUGGUGCUGCGGCUCUCCGCCCCAUUUUACGUUGGGAGAUUGGCGAUGGCAGCCGUAUUGAUGUGCUUAACGACACUUGGAUUAAAAACCGUGAUUUGGCGCAUUGGCCUUCAUUUGUGGACGUUGCGGCACUUGAGGGACAAACGGUACAGUGGCUGCUAGACGAAAACUCCGGUUGGAGACGGGACCGCCUCUGUGAGGUGUUUGGUGAUUCUUUGGCACAAUACAUUUCCAGCAUUCAACUUAAUGAGGGGGGCGGCACGGACCGCCCAGCUCUCAUUCACUCGCCUCUCAGCUCCACGAUUACUGCUAUGGCUUAUAAAUCCUGUUUCCAGCCGGUGGUUUAUCAAUUCUAUUGGCUUCGUAAGUUCAAACUUCACCCUCGCGAACACUUCUUUUGGUGGCGUGUUACUCUUGACGCCAUUCCAACACGCUGCUGGCUGCAUCGGCGUAAUCUUGCCGAUGAUAGGGAGUGCCCAUGGGGCUGUAAUGUGGAUGAAUCCCGUGAGCAUGUCACCAUCCAGUGCGGUAUGCUGAAAACUGUUUUUGCUAUCAUCGCCAAGUGGGGCUUCACGUUGCCAGAUUUUCAAUCUUGGAAUGAUCUUGUGGGCGGUCUUCACCGUCUAGCCUCCGACAAUCCGAGCCUUGGCCGCCUAUAUUGCUAUUUGAUUUAUCAAACCUGGCGGGCCCGUAAUGACAAAAUUCAUGGAAGACCGUUCUGCACACCGUCUGUUAUUGCUGCUAACGCCCUGGCUAU